CUCCAGUUGCUUUUAGCAAACAGAACAUCCCACACUUAGCUGUCUCCAUCUCCUUCUGAUGCUCAGGGAGGAGAUCAUACAUUACAGUGGGGUCUAUCUACCUUUGUAUCGGAUAUGUUGAGAAGAUUUUGCAGCUCAGAGGUAAGGACACAGAGGCACUGAGGAGUUGGGGCGCCUGCCACCUCUGGUGUUCGAGGAUGCUUUGGAUCCCUGUCUUAUUUCUGGGGCUGCUAGUAACCACUGAGGGGAUUGUUCAGACCUGGAACUCCUCACCUGUGUCAGAUCAAGGACUUCAGAAGACCAAAGGAAAGGACAAUCACUCUGUGAGGCUUCAUCGUGAUAUUUACAAUGGACAGAACAAGAUCUUCACGCGUGUCAUCCAAGACCUUGGAGGUGACAGUCUAUCGAUUGACACACUACCGAAUAAUCAAAUAACAAACCUAGAGAACAGUCAUAACUAUUAUUCAUCAAGGGUGCUGGGACCGGCAGAGUUGCAAGAUAAGAACUUGUUGGCAGAUUUAUUGCAAGAGGACACCAAAAAGGCCAUGGUGCUUACCAUCUUGUCCAGUGCACACAGGCAAGCCUCGUUACAGAGAGUUGACCUUUCUUUUAACUUUCCGUUCUAUGGGCACCAUUUGAGGCAGAUCACAAUAACUACUGGAGGUUUUAUCUUUACGGGUGAUGUCCUUCAUAGUAUGCUAACCGCAACACAGUAUAUAGCUCCUCUCAUGGCAAAUUUCAAACCAAGUUACUCCAAAGAAUCUACAAUAAGGUACAGGGACAAUGGUACCUGUGUUGUGGUUCAGUGGAACAAAGUUUGCCUCCACGACAGAGAAAAUGCUGGAAACUUCACCUUUCUAGCUGCCUUAUAUGAUGAUGGACGGAUUGUAUUUGGGUACAAAGAGAUUCCUCUACCAGUGCAUAACAUCAGUUCUGAGCAACACCCUGUGAAAUCUGGCCUCUCUGAGGUUGUUGUCCUUGGUCCGUUCUUAGAAGGCUCAGAAUUCCAAAAGCGUCCUAUCUACGAGUACCAUCAGAUGCAAGUGGACCUUGAUAGCAUUAAGAGUCAAACAGUUGUGGAAUUCACCCCUCUACCAACAUGCCUGCAGCACACGACUUGUGACCAGUGUCUGACCUCUGCUUCUAGCCUAAACUGUAGCUGGUGUCAUAUCUUACAAAGAUGUUCCAGUGGCCAUUAUCACCAAGACUGGAUAUCAAACGGCUGUGAGAAAGAGGUCCUAAGUACAUCAUGUCAGAAGAACAAAGAUUUUUACACUUUAGCCGACACCACAAGCCAACCCACCCUACUUACAAGAGACUUACCCACAUCAACAGAUCAAGGACUUAUGAAGACCAAAGGAAAGAAAAAUCAUUCUGUGAGGCUUAAGCGUAAUAUUCGUAAUGGGCAGAACAAGAUCUCCACACGGGUCAUCCAAGGCCUUGGAGGUGACCGCCUAUCAAUUGAUACUCUGCCAGAAAACCACACACAAAUCCUAGAGAGCAGUCACAAAUAUUAUUCAUCAAGGGUGCUGGGACCAGCAGAGUUGCAAGAUCAGAACUUGUUGGCGGAUUUAUUGCAAGAGGACAACAAAAAGACCAUGGUGCUUACCAUCCUGUCCAGUGCACACAGGCAAGCCUCGCCAGUAGUUCUUACUUUUGACUUUCCGUUCUAUGGGCACCCAUUGAGGCGCAUCACAGUAGCUACUGGAGGUUUUAUCUUUACGGGUGAUGUCCUUCAUAGUAUGCUUACCGCAACACAGUAUAUAGCUCCUCUCAUGGCAAAUUUCAACCCAAGUUACUCCAAAGAAUCUACAAUAAGGUACAGGGACAAUGGUACCUGCAUUGUGAUUCAGUGGAACAAAGUUUGCCUUCACGACAGAGAAAAUGCUGGAAACUUCACCUUUCUAGCUGCCUUAUAUAAUGAUGGACGGAUUGUAUUUGGGUACAAAGAGAUUCCUCUACCAGUACAAAACAUCAGUUCUGAGCAACACCCUGUAAAAUCUGGUCUGUCUGAUGCAUUUGUAGUCCUUGAUCCUUUCUUAGAAGGUUCAGAAUCCCAGAGGCGCUCGAUCUAUGAAUACCAUCGGGUACAGGUGGACCUUGAUAGGAUUAAGAGUCAAACAGUUGUGGAAUUCACUCCUCUACCAACAUGCCUGCAGCACGCAACCUGUGAUCAGUGUCUGACCUCUGUUUCAAGCCUAAACUGUAGCUGGUGUCAUGUCUUACAAAGAUGUUCCAGUGGCAUUGACCGUUAUCGUCAGGACUGGUUAACCUAUGGUUGUGAGAAAGAGGUCCAAAAUACAUCAUGUGACGAGUACAUAGAUUUUCACACCCCAGCUGACACUACAAUCCAAAACAAUUCAUUUGAAAGAGACUUACCUACAGCGACAGCUUCUAUCGAUCUCACUACAGAAGAUGACACAAAAAUGAUGCAUGAGGGAGAUGAGCCACUUGAAGAGAUUCCAAAGAAGAAAUCAUCCCAUGUGCAUUCUGGCACAAUAGUGGGUAUAAUACUGGCAGUGCUGCUUAUCACAAUCAUAAUUCUGGCUGGCAUCUAUAUAAACCAUCAUAAAGGAAAACAAGGGAGACACUGCUGUAUGGAGUAUCAUCCCCACCACUGGGCCGUUAUGAAGUUUAACAACCACGGCAGCCCAGGUGUGUACACUGUGGUGGACCCAACACCAGGACUUGAUAAAGACAGCUUCAUGGAGACAGAACAAUAAGAGCCCUUGAACCCCUUUAUGUAAGGGAGAUGGAAGGGCUGGAACCUACCAAUAUGCUUCUUACGUCCUAGCAGAAUGGAUUCCUAAGUGGACAUUUAAAGAAAUGAAGAAAUUACUUUUGACCUUUAUUAGUAACUCCAGAAUAUAUUACAUUCUGUUCUCCAUACUCCUUUUACAGCAAUACAUCUUGGUUACUAACAUAAGAACGAUUACGCUCCGUGGUCCAUUAGAGAUCUCAACUGAAAAUUUGCAGUCUUCGGUCAACAAAUUAUUAUUCCUCGUUGUCAGACAUCUGAGGAGCAAUCAUAAUCUUCCAUAUGCAUCAAAACAUCUAUUCCUGAGACUUUUAGAACACCUCACCUAACUAUUCCACUUCACAGCCAAGCUUGCUAGUAAAAGCAUGUAUCUCAUCGUGAAGAAUAUAGCCAAAUACAGCCUCGUAUCUUGCCAAAGGACUGCAGAGCUCGAAAAGUUUACUUGAUUUUCAACUAAUUUUUUCAUGAAAAAACAAUGUAGACUUUAGCAGUUCAUAUCAAAUACAGAAAAAACAAACUUUUUUUUUAAACAUAUGUGUAACAAAACAAAAGAACAAGUUUCCACACAGGUUUUUUUUUCCGCUACUGCAGUUUUUGAGCCAAAGCCAGAAGUGGAUCCAACAGGAAGGAGAAGUAUAAGUUCUUCCUUUACAGUUUUUAUUCCUUUUGAAUACACUUCUGGCUCAAAAACCGUAGUGUCAGUAUUCCAAAAGAACGCCAGAAAAAAACUUGUGUGGAAACCUAGCCUUAUAUCUACUUUGUACAGCUUCCCUGCCACAGAGGUAGAACGCUAGAGAGUGGAUCAAGCUUUGUUCACAAUGGUGGCUAUAGAUCACAUGGACAUCAAGCCUCUGUCAUGACAAACUUGCUAAACCUACUGUAUUUUCUGUUUAUUGAACUGAAAAGACCAUAUCACACAGGGAUCCUUCGAAAUUAUAAAAACUAAAACAUUAAACAUUUCACUUAUAUACACAAGCAGGGCAUCUCACCUAACCAAGGUUUAUACUUAUUGCACUGGGAGCCCCCCUCUGGGUUGCAAUAGGGUCUAUGAUCACCCUUCCCUCCAUUAACUAUCUUUACUUUCUGUACGACCAUGCCAUGAUAGUGUACAGUAGGGAAGUAGGCCGGAUGAUCACACUGAUCUCUACUCUCUUACAAUCCAGGGACGCUGGAUCUGCCAAACAAGGAAGUUGCUGUCAUUUACAUUUUAGUUUUUUCCUUUCUGUUCACUACCUAAUUUUUCUAUCUAAAAUAACAGUGGAACUCCAAGGUGUGGACAGGAUACAAGGGCGCUCGACAACCAGGUAGCAGGAUAAAAUGUUUAAUCACCCAUAAUGCAACGCGUUUCACAGCACAGCUGCUUCAUCA